AUGGCAAAUGUAGCUCCCAAGCUCAGACCGAUCUCGACCGCGCGCGCUCCGACGACCGCCCAGCCGCCGCCCAGGAACCAAUCGCCGGCGCGCCGCCCCCUCCAUAAGAAUCGCUCAAGAUCGAUAAAGAUCCACGUGAGGUUGCUAAACAACACGGCCCACGAUCUCGAGGUGGACGGCUCGGACACCAACGGCAGCGUGAAGACGAAGAUCAUGGAAAAGGAGGGAGUCCCACCGCAGCAGCAGCUCCUCUUCUUCGCCGAUGAGGGGCUGGAGGAUGCCCGGACGCUCGCGGACCAUGGCAUCGAGGACGGGGCCUCGGUUUGCCUGAUCGCCAUCAACAUGAUGCAGGGUUAA